AUUUUAAACCAAUAUUCAUAUUCAUCAUAUUAUGAUCAUAUAUACAAUAUACUCAUUAUACUUCAUUAUACUUCAUUAUACUUUCAUUAUACUUUCAUUAUACUAUAUACUUCAUUAUACUAUAUACUUCAAAUUCAUUCUAUCGAAUUCUACUAACUUUAUAAUUCAUAGUCUAAAAGUCCAAACAAUCCUAGACAAGUCCAGACUCAAUAAAUUAAAUUAACCAAAUAAGAAAACCCAAUUCAUCUCUAUUGGUAAUAAAAUUCUCCGGUAUUAUAUUCAUUUAAAAAAACUAAAAUAAUUAAUUAAUUAUUUUUUUUUUAUUCUUUUUGUUUUCUAUCGGGUUUAAACUGUUUAAAACCGC